UGAGCCAGUCCUUAGUUGAGAUUAGAGAUUAGGUUCCUGCUUGUACCUGUGUGUUUUUCGUAUCAGUUCAAAUGACGUUUCAUUUUCGUAAUUGACUGGUCGGGGGUGUGGGAAACACUCAUGUUACCUUGGGACCAGUGUAGGUAGAAAUUCAUGGUUAUUGAAGAAAGUAAUGUAAUAGUUAUCCCAGAAGCAGCAGUAUUUAGACCAAAAAUACCUUGUUAUUUAUUGAAAUGUCUUGACACGUUUUGUACUUUUACGCAGAAUAUGGAGUAAGAAUUUUCUGUUUACUGUAGUCAUUCUCUCACCCAUCUACCUGAACAACCUGCUGGAUAUCCACUAUGGAAACCCCAGGUCAGAAACGAACCAGCCACGGCGGGGCCACCACUCCACGCUCCCCCGCACGCAUUACCCGUCUGCAGGAGAAGGAGGACCUGAGCAACCUCAACGAUCGGCUGGCCAUCUACAUCGACAAGGUGCGCUCGCUGGAGGUGGAGAACGCUGGCCUACGGAUGCGUAUCACCGAGUCCGAGACCGAGAUCAGUCGUGAGGUGUCGGGCAUGAAGUCGGUCUAUGAGACGGAGCUUGCCGACGCCCGCAAAACCCUCGACAGUGUGGCCAAGGAGCGCGCCCGCUUGCAGUUGGAGCUGGGCAAAAUCAAGGAGGAGCACAAGGAGCUCAAAACCAGAAAUGGGAAGAAGGAAUCUGACCUGGAAGCAGCUCUGGCUCGGCUCAAGGACCUGGAGGCCCUGUUGAAUUCUAAAGAUGCCUCUCUGUCCACCGCCCUGAGUGAGAAGCGCUCCCUGGAUGCUGAAGUCCGGGACCUGAAGGGCCAGCUAGCCAAGGUAGAGGGCAGUCUGGGAGAUGCUAAGAAGCAGCUUCAGGAUGAGAUGCUGAGGAGAGUAGAUGCUGAGAACCGCCUGCAGACCCUAAAGGAGGAAAUGGAGUUCCAGAAGAACAUCCUAGGAGAGGAGCUGAGGGAAUCGAAACGUAGGCACGAGUCUCGCAUGGUGGAAAUUGACAGCACGGGAGCCAAGCAGGACUACGAGAGCAAGCUGGCGGAGGCCCUGAUGGAGCUGAGAGCCCAGCAUGAGGAGCAGGUCCGCAUCUACAAGGAGGAGAUUGAGAAGACUUACACCUCCAAGCUGGAGAACGCCCGUCACUCCGCGGACAGGAACAGCAACCUGGUUGGGGCGGCCCACGAGGAGCUGCAGCAGACCCGCAUUCGUCUGGAGGGCAUGUCCUCCCAGCUCAGCCAGCUGCAGAAACAGCUGGCGGCGAGGGAGGCCAGGGUCCGGGAGCUGGAGGAGUCUCUGGCCCGGGAGCGGGACAUGAUGCGCCGGCGCCUGGAGGACAAGGAGAAGGAGAUGGCCGACAUUCGCAUGAGGAUGCAGCAACAGCUGGAUGAGUACCAGGAGCUGCUGGACAUCAAGUUGGCCCUGGACAUGGAGAUCAGCGCCUACCGCAAACUCCUGGAAGGAGAGGAGGAGAGACUGCGACUGUCUCCCAGCCCUCCCCCGACUCGAGUGGCGGUGUCUCGCACCACCGGCCAUGGAUCAGCCCACAGCCACACGGCCCGUACCUCAGGUUCUGGACACAGCCACACGGCCCGCGUGGUCCAGUCCACCAGCAGCAGCCGCAACUCCUCCGGCACGGCCAGCGCCAAGAAGAGGCGACUGAACGACAACGACAGCGAGACGUCCAGCCUGGCCGCGGGCGCCGUGACCCGUACCCGGAUCGCCCAGCAGGCUUCGGCGAGCGGCCGCGUCACUGUGGACGAGGUGGACCUGGAGGGGAAAUAUGUCCGCCUCAGCAAUAAGGCAGACGAGGACCAGCCCCUGGGCCACUGGCAGGUGAAGAGACAGGUGGGCUCCAGCACUCCUAUCGUCUACAAGUUUCCCCCUAAGUUCACCCUGAAGGCCGGUCAGACCGUCACUAUUUGGGCCUCAGGAGCCGGCGCAACGCACAGCCCCCCCUCCGACCUGGUGUGGAAGACCCAGAACUCCUGGGGCACCGGAGACAUGUUCCAGACCAUCCUGAUAAACUCCAGUAGCGAGGAAAUGGCCCAGAGGAAAGUUACACGCACACUGUUCCAGGAGGAGGAUGAGGAUGACGAUGGCAGCCACAGCAUGUGCGGCGUGGACAGCGAGUACAACCUGCGCAGCCGCACGGUGAUCUGCGGCUCCUGCGGCCAGCCGUCUGAUAAGAGCGGCGUCAGCUCGGGAGUGUCCAGCGGCUCCUGCUCCAUUAGCAGCGGAGGAGGGCUGCCAGAGGGCUUCCUGUCUCCUUCCUUCAUCAUGGGUAGCAACUCACCCAGACAGGGUGGUCCAAAGCCGGAGAACUGCUCCAUAAUGUAAAGCAACACCACUGGGCCUGGAUAAGUACCUCCAACUGAAAACAUAAUUAGCUUUCUUUUCUACCAUUGAGAUGUUUUUUUUUUUUAUUAUUUCUUUUGUUUUCUAAACGACCGGUCUUUUGUAUUACUUAAUCUGCAACUUAAUUUGGCUUUGGUGUUUAGCAAAGUGCUUAGCAGCUGCAUAUUUACUUCAGAUAUAUGAGUUUGUAAAUAUUCAAGCUAUACUGCAUGUGGGCUUGGUAGAUGCUUGUAUUGUAAAAUACCAUAACUAGCGAUGGAGGCACACAGAGCAGCUCUAAUUAUCACAUUAGCCUUUAAACCAUGCUGGGGUUUCUCAUAUCGUGUCUAAGCUGUCACAGUACACACGCACUGCAGUAAACCCUGCCAUGAAUCAGUGGGCAUGGGGGGGCUGGGCUCAGGCCUUACUGCCUUGGGUUACCACAUAGAUCACCAUUGUAUGGCCCCAGCCAAUGGGAAUACAGAGAACAUUUAUUUACUGUAUUGUAAAGUUGAAGAAUGUCUUUAUAUCAAAAGAGUAUCUUUUUAGAGGGAGGGAGAGCUGACAUCUGACCUAACAUUAUGUUUUGUAUGGAAAAAAAAACACAAAUGUGCCUCACUAUUUUUUCUUUAGUUUAUUUAGGGCAUUCUAGGGAAACUCAACUGAUGACCACAUGAUUUAAUACUAUUUUGCUGCCAUUUGAAUGUAUCUGAUAUAAUUGCCAGAUGGAUUAUAGUAAUGUUGCUUAAACGCUCUAUUUGGAUUUUGCAUGUUUAUGGAUAAGGUAAUGAACCAGCUUGAGAAAUGGUUUCCUGGGUUUUACAAUGCUCACCAUCUCAUGACAGAAGUACAAACGUAUUUGUAUCAGGUGAAUUGUCAAGAAGUAUGAAUGCAAAUAUUGAGCCUUGUCUUAGCCCGAACAUUAGACUAUAUGGUAUUUGCAGGUAAAUCCAUGAACUAUGUUUCAUAUGCUGAUGCUAAUAUUGCCUCAGUGUAUGUUCAGUGUAAUUAAUGAUUGUGUUAAAUCAAUGAAUGUUUACAUAUCACAUAGAAUAUGUCCAUUUGACAAAAUCUGAAAUAGUAAACCAUUGAUUCAUCAUGAUAUGAUUACAUUGACAUAAUGUUCCCUCUUGUCAUGUAUUGUAGUCUGGAAACUACUGUCAAGACGCCUCUCUUCCACUGAUUGAUUACUAUUCCUUUUUUGUGCUUUGUUGCUUUGUUUUGGGCAUGUUUUUUUAGGGUUGAUGGGAGGGGUAUGAAGGUAUAUUCUUAUCAACAUUUUGACAAAAUGAGCAACAACCAUUUUGAAUUGCUUUAUCUAUGCAUAUUAGUAGAGGCAUGUGUCUAGAAGCCUUUUUCAGAUGUAGAAGCAGUAAAGAUUUUCGGAGCAUAAUUUUUUGCAAUAUUUUUAUUUUUUUGUACUUCAUACAAAUUUCAAUCACUACCAAAUAGGACAGAGAACAUUCUCACUGCCCAGAUAUACCUGAGAAAAAAAGUAUAUUAUUUUUUACUGAUUCAGUUUUCUUUUUACUUCACAUUUAUUCUAAUGGUAAUAUUUACAAAUUGAAUAAUAACUUUAAAAGUAGUGAAGACCAUUUUAUGAAUCAAAUCGAGUGAAAAUCACCCAAAUCUGUAUUUUGUUUGUCAUUUAAAAAGUGCCUUAUUGAGACCUGCUAGUGAUGAUUAAUGGAAAUUAUAUAUUUUCUUUCAGUGCAUUAUGAAAAUGGUCAAUUCCAAAGAUACAGUUUUUGUCAAUCAGUUUUUGUUGACAAUACAUUUUUUAGAUUUACAAAGUAUGUACUGUAUAUUUGUAUGGAAAUUGUCCUUGUACAUAAUGCUCAGUUGAUUUACAAAAAAAUGCAAAAUAUGAAAAAACAUGCAAACCAAGUAGAAUGGAAUAAUGAUUAUUUGCUAUCUUUGUUUGCCAUUGAGUAAAAUUAUUUUCCCAACAA